ACCAGACAGAAACAGUUAUGGAGUGAAUGAGGAACUGCUGCUGACCUGCCCUGGAUAUCUCAAGCCCUCCUUCACCAGCGUCAAAUGUGCAAAGGAAUUUCUUAGACUGAGUGCUGGGGAACCCUCCUAUGGAGAUGUCUGGUGGGGGAGGAACAGCACAGGUGCCUGGAUCCGCAUUGAAAGGGCCGUGUCGUGUGUAGAAAUGUGCCAAAGGCCCUGGUGGGACCCAACACUCCGUCUGGCACCAGACCUGGAGGAGUACAGGAAGAAAGAAGAAGUGACGCUGAGCUGCCCUGAGGGUUUACAGCCAUCCUACACCCACGUCAGAUGUGCAGGGAGUGAAUGGGCUUCAGAUUAUGCUGGAUCUGUUCACAGAAACAAGUGGAAGGGGAGGAACAGCGCUGGUGCCUGGAUUCCCAUUGAGGGGACUGUGCAGUGUCUUGAGGCCUUCCAGAUUGUCCCUGGGACCCUGGAGGUUUCCAGCACCAGCAUCAAACUGAACUGGACCUGCAGCUUCCCUGAUGCCUGCCAGGGCAUGCAGGCCACGUGCCGCCUGGCAGGGCCUUCCUCUCCUCCCUGUGAGGCUGAGCAGGUCACUGGAGUGGAGUUCCUACACGGUCAGAAGGGAACAUUCACCUGCCCACCUCUGCAGCCCUUCACUGAGUACAUUGUCACCAUCUCGGUGCCCGCCAGCACAAACCUGUUCUCACAGCUCAUCAAGACAAAAGAAACAGUGCCACAGAAGCUGGAGCAGCUGCAGCAGAAUGCCAGCACAGGGAUGAUCACGUGGAAGGCGUUGCCCUCCUGCCAAGGGAAGAUCGUUGGGUACCAGCUGAACAUCACGGCCAGGGCCUUGCAGGACGGCGGCUUCCUGCAGAUCAAGCGGCUGAGGCUGAGCAGCCAGACCACGGAGCACCUGCUGCCCGCAUACAGCACUGGCACCAGGUAUACUGUGGCUGUGCGGGGCCUCACAGCCGUGGGUCCUGGAGCUGCAUCACUGUGGGAGUUUCACACCAGCGGCUCAGAGACCCCAGGGCCACCCGAUGGCUGCUCCCAUCUCAUGCUCAAUGUCUCCCCAUCCCAGGGGACAGCCAUUCUUCCCCUGCACCCCAUCUCCCAGGCCUCUGAGGCAGUAAGUGAGCACCAGCUGCUCGUGGCUGUGACACACAACAGCACGGUGCUGGAAGAUGCCUGCUCGGGGGAGCUGCAGCCCUCCAACGACAGCCACCCACCUGACCCCUACGUGGCCGCCGUGCUCAACCUCAGCGCACCCACAGAUUUCAUGCUGGGUGAUGGGACCCGCGGGCAGGGCUUCCACAAUGCUCCCCUGCGCCCGGGAUGGGACUACACCGCCCUCCUGCGCCUCGUCCGGCGCUCACCGCAGGCGGAGACAUUCACCUGCGUGUGCUACAGCUUCUCCAUGGGGCAGGAGUCGAUUCCUCUGCUGCACAGACCGCCUGUGCUGAUGGCACUUGUGCUGGCUGCUAUAGUCCUGGCACUGGGGAUUAUCCUGUUUACCCUGCUCCUCAGGCAAAAGCGCAACAGAUCAAAAGCCUCUGAGGUCAACAGCAGUAUCCCCCUCCGAAAGCGUCGCAGAGGUGCCAGCAAGCUGAACACACAGAUCCUGGUGGAGGAACUGCUGGAUUCUCUGAAGAGUCUUCAAAGGGAAGAGAUAGAAGCAGAGCAGAUGGAGGAUGAAUCAGUUGACAGGCAUGAGGCAGGGCGUCUGGGCGAGUACCAGAAACUGGCCUCCACUCUGUGCCACUCCUGCAGUGCUGGGAAGGAGCUGUGUAACGAGGGAAAGAACCGCUACAAGAGUAUCAUCCCAUACGACCACUGCCGUGUGGUGCUGCAGCCCUCUGACAUGGGGAACGACUACAUCAACGCCAGCUAUGUGGAUAGCUAUCGGAGCCCGCGCUUCUUCAUUGCUGCACAAGGCCCCUUGCCUGUGACAGUGGUGGAUUUCUGGCAGAUGGUCUGGCAGGAGAAGACCUCUGUCAUUGUGAUGCUGACGGGCUUGGUGGAGCAGAACAAGAUCAAGUGCGAGAAGUACUGGCCAGAGCAGCAGCAAGUCUAUGGGGACUUCACUGUAACACUCAACAACACCAGGACCACCACAAGCCUUAUUACACGUGUCUUCUGCCUGCAGAAGGCAGGCUGUGCUCUCCCAAGAACAGUGGAGCAGUUUCACUACCUGCAGUGGCCCGACCACGGGGUGCCCGGGAACCCUUCCCAGCUGCUGUGCCUAGUGGAAAUGGUGAACAAGAGUGGGUCAGAAUAUCCUACUGGCCCUGUGCUGGUGCACUGCAGUGCAGGGAUUGGGCGGACUGGCACCUUCAUUGCUCUGGACUUCCUCCUGAAGAUGGCGAAGGCCGAGGGAAAGGUGGAUGUGUUUCAUUGUGUGCAGAAGCUGCGGGAGCAGCGGGUCUGCAUGGUGCAGACCAAGGAGCAGUAUGCCUUCUUGUAUGAGGUGCUGCUUGAAGGCUUGCUCUGUGGCUGCACUGGAGUGCCAGUAGAGAGAGUUGCAAGUUACAUCAGCUGCCUCCAAGGAGCUGAGACCCAGAGCCAGAACAACAUCCUGGAGAAGGAGUUCAAGGCAGUGCAGAAGUUUUCCGAGUUGUUCCAGCUCCUGCCGUGCAGAGAAGCAGAGAAACCCAGCAACCAGCCCAAGAACCGCAAGCCAGGGAUCCUGCCAGCGGACUCCUUCCGGCCCAUCCUGAUGUCCUCACUGAAUGCCGAUGGCUCCCCGGGCUACAUCAACGCCGUGUUUGCCAGCACGUACAGCAAGGAGGACAGGCUGAUCAUCACCCAGCUGCCCUUCUCCAGCACGCUGGUGGAUUUCUGGGCUCUGGUCUGGGAUUACACCUGCACCUCAGUGGUUGUGCUGAACCAGCUCCAGGAGCUGGACAAGACAUAUGUGGAGGUCUGGCCCACCCAGGGCAAAGCCAUCCAUGGCCAUUUCCACAUCCAGUGGAUCUCUGAGGAGCAUGGAGCUGGUUUCACGGCCUGGACGCUUGCACUCACCAAUAGGCAGCAGCCCAAGAAAUCUGCAAUGAAAGUCCACUUCUGGCAGCUGGAGGACUGGCCCAUGCAGUAUCGUCUUCCCCCGCACCCCACCACCAUCAUCAGCCUGCUAGGGAAGGUGGAGACGCACCAGCGGCAGAGCCAGGAUGGGCACAUCCUCGUCACUUGCUGGGAUGGUGCCAGCCGGAGUGGGAUCUUCUGUGCUGCCAGCUUCCUGUGCGAGCAGAUCCAAAGCGAGGGGCUGGUUGAUGUAUCCCAGGCUGUGAGGAUGCUGAAGAGGCGGCGGAGGCAGCUGAUUAAAGAUGUGGAGCAGUAUGGGCUCUGCUACAAACUAGCCCUCAGUUACUUGAAUUCAUUUGAAACCUAUGGCAAUUUUAAGUAGAGACAUGGUCACAGCCCACCUCUGGCCAGGACUUCAGCCUUCUGGAGGAAACAAUGGAAACCAGAGGAGAUGUGCACAGCCCCAAGAUCACAAAAUCAUUAAGGCUGGAAAGACCACUGAAAUCAUCUAGUCCAACCAUCAACCCAUCAGUGCUUUACUCCUCUGACAAGCCACCCUAAUGGCCAUCUGCAGCUAGAGAACACAGGCUGGACUGAACGAACCUGGCCCUUUGCUCAGACUUUUGGCAGGAUUUUACCUGGCACCACAGCCUGAGUACAGUGAGCAGAGCAUAGGCAUCAGGCCUUGGUGUGUCCAUGCCAAGGAUGCAGAGAACUAGCUGUCCCAUCCAGGCUCCCCUUCAGGCAUCCUCAGAAAAAGUGGGGUAGCUGCACCAAUGCCCCAGUUGUGCUCAGUCAGAAGCACCAAACCACCAUGAGAUCUCCUCCAGGAGUGGAGCACAGGCCAUCUGUCCUGCUCUGGGAGAAGCAGCAAGCUUGUAUCCAAGAAGAGUCAGCGGAGGGAUAAUCCACAGCCCCACGGGGAUGACCUAGUCCUUCCCACACUGCACAGUCCCUUCCUGCUGCUGCAUCUUCCCAAUACUGGUUCAGGUGCACAGCCCUGACAGCACCAGCAAGGCUCCCUUACAAGCCUGCCUGCCCCACCAUGGCAAUCCAAGUUAGAUGUCCAUACUUUGAACACUGUCUCUGCAGGUUACAGUCCAGGAGAGGCUGCUACACCACUAACAAUAUCUGUCAGGACUGACCCCAUGGCUCUGUUCUGUGUAUCAUCAAUAAAGGCUCUCUGAUGGC